AAACACGCCAAGGAAAAAAAAAGAGAUUGAGAGGGAGAAGGAGACCGUCACGCUACGCGCACCGAGCCGAUCCGAUCCCCAAUCCGAAGGCCUAGCUCCUCCGGCGAGGAGGAGGCGCCGCGCCAUGGACAGACUCGUCGGCUUCUCCCGGCGGCGGCGGCGGCGCUGGAUCCUCCUCGCGGCGGGCGGGGCGGCGGCGGCGUUCGGGGCGUACAAGAUCUACCACCACCCGGCCGUGGCCGAGCGCCGGCGGCGCCUCGCGCGGCUGGCCGGCGCGGCCGCGGCCUUCCUCGACGCCGCCGCGUCCUCCGCCGACGCGGCGGCGCUGGUGGCGUCCGACCUCUCCGACUUCGUCCGCUCCGGCUCGGACGAGCUCCCCCGCAGCGUCACGCAGCUCGCCAAGCUCGCCGCGUCCCCCGAGGCCUCGGCUGCCGUGCAGGCGUUAUCCGAGGCCAUCACCGCCGGGAUACUCCGCGGGGCUGGAUCCACCUCCGGGACAGGCUCCGCCGGUAGCGCGGCCCUCUCCGAUCGCCUCGUCGACAAGCUCUUCUCGGACUCCGGGGAGCGACUUGCGUCUGCUGUCGCCGGCAGCUUCGCCCACCAUCUUAUAACUGCUUACUACGCCGCUCAAUCGACCCAGGGGGAGACCUCCUCGCCCAUGAAGUGGAUCGACGUGAUUGCUACUGGGAAGGGUCAGAAGGCGAUUAGUAACUGGCUUGAGGUCUUCGUGAGCACAGCCGUCGGUGUGUUUGUCGACAAGACGAUCCACAUUAAUACCUAUGAUCAGCUCUUUCAAGGCCUUACCAAUGCAAGCCAUGAUGCUAAGGUUAAAGAAUUGCUUGUUGCAGUAUGCAACGGGGCGGUGCAGACUUUUGUGAAGACCACUCACCGUGUUACCAAAGAUAAAUCAGAUGGCAGUGUCAGCAAUGGUGCUGGGGAAGGGUGGGUUGAGACCGUGUCGAGCACACUGGCAGUACCAAGCAACAGGAAGUUUGUGCUUGAUGUUACUGGUAGAGUUACGUUUGAGACGGUGAGGUCGUUUCUUGAAUUCGUAUUGUGGAAAAUGCACGAUGGCGCAAGGAAAAGUCGGAGCACAGUGAUGGAUAGCGGAUUGCGCGCAAUGCAGUACAUGACUGAUAAGUCCAUGGUUAUCGCCACAAUAUGCAUUACACUUUGCUUGCAUGUUUUGAAUGGCACUCGGUUCCUGGUAACAGCUUGAUAAUGUGUUUGAGAUCAACACGGAUUUAUUUGGAUUGCUUUAUUUUGCACAUGAUUGUGUACAAUCGUAGGUAAUUUUAUACUGAAAAUGUAAAUUCCUCUAGAAAAGAAGAGCUGAAAGGAGGUAAAUUGAUUUCAAGGUUUUAUGGUGUCAUUUGUUUGUUUGAGAUUGUUGUUCAAAACUGCAGCACGUGGAUAACAAAUUUGUUGUGCCCUUAGAGAUGUGACAUGCAUUUUUAUGGAACUAUUAUCGUUGUUACA